AGAGGUGCGAGAGAGAGAGAGAGAGAGACUGACGCUUUGCAUCGCAUCGCUUCCAUCGCCGGCGUUGCAAAAAACUUGAGCUCGGGGCUGCUGUUGGACACCGAUAAAGAGAUGGGGGAGGAGGAGAAGAAUCCGGAGGAGGGGAAGAAGGAGGAGAAGCCGGAGGAGGGGAAGAAGGAGAAGAAGGAGGAGGCGAAGGCGGAGGAAGGGAAGGACGGCGGCGGCGGCGGAGGAGGAGGAGGAGGGGAGGUGGAGAAGAAGGAAGGCGGUGGGGAGGAAGAGAAGAAGGGGGAGGCGGCGCCACCGCCCCCGCCGCCGGAAGAGAUCGUGAUUCGUGUCUACAUGCACUGCGAGGGCUGCGCCCGGAAGGUGAGGCGCUGCUUAAAAGGAUUCGAAGGUGUGGAGGAGGUGCAGACAGACUGCCGGAUCCACAAGGUGGUGGUGAAGGGGAAGAAGGCGGCGGAGGAUCCGCUGAAGGUGGUGGAAAGAGUCCAGAGGAAGACGGGCCGCAAGGUGGAGCUUCUCACUCCCCUGCCGCCACCCAAGUCGGAGAAGAAAGAAGAGGAGAAGAAGGAUGAGAAGCCCAAGCCGGAGGAGAAGAAGGAGGAGCCACCGGUGAUAGCAGUGGUGCUCAAGGUUCACAUGCAUUGCGAGGCCUGCGCCCAGGAGAUUAAGAAAAGGAUCCUAAAGAUGAAAGGGGUCCAGUCGGUGGAGCCGGAUCUGAAGGCCACGCUGGUCACGGUGACCGGGGUGCUCGACCCGGCGAAGCUGGUGGAGUACGUCUACAAGCGGACGGGGAAGCACGCGGUGGUCGUGAAGCAGGAGCCGGUGGAGAAGAAGCCGGACGACGAGAAGAAGGCCGCCGACGGCAAGGAGGGCGGCAAGGACGAGAAGAAGGCCGACGCUGGCGGCGAGAAGGGAGGGGAGAAGAAAGACGAGAAGGAGGGCGGCGGAGACGGCGGAGGCGGAGAGGAGAAGGAGAAGGAGGGCAGCGGUGGAGCGGCGGAGGACGCCACGGCGGCGGUGGCUGCCGCCGGCGGCGCCGCAAAGGUGGUGGAUUUGAUGAAGAACGAGUUAUACUACUACUAUCCGAGAUACGGAGUGGGAUACGCGUAUCCCCCGUACUCGUAUCCCCCUCCUCCUCAGAUCUUUAGCGAUGAGAACCCCAACGCGUGUGCCGUGAUGUGAAAAUGGAGAAAGUUGGGGGGUUGAGAGAGAAAUUUCUUUGCGGUAUCUACCCCGGUAAACAUAUAAUUAGAAAUAAUCAUCUCUUUUUGAGGAGGCUGUCAACCUUUUAUUUUUCUCGUUCUUGUCCUUCUUUUGUUCCUCUCCCCUGUGUAAGUUUCUGCUUUUUGUUUUUUUUUUUCCUUUCCUUUUGCCCCCUUUCCUUUUCUUCUUUUACCCCUUCUUUCUUUCAUCUUUAUCUUCUUAUUUUUAUGAGAAAAAUCUGUUUAGCGAAUUGUAGCAUUUGCAUGUAUCCUUUCUUUUUAGCAAUAUGUAAGUUAAGCUGUACUUUCUCUUUGGACUGGUAUUUUUGUGUAAGAAAUUCUGGACUAGUUUCAAGUUUACUUGGGAUUGUAUGCAGAGAAGCUUCUGGAA